AUCAAUCAGGUUGGAUCUGAGCCAUCGUAUCUCCGUCGUUAGGGUUGUGCGAUGCUUGGGGGUUUCGCAGGUGCCUGCGAUCUAGAAAAAGCCAUCGUCCCCCAUCCCCGCAUCAGUCCAAAGUCCAAACCCUUCCCUCCCACCCGUUCCGCUUCCCAGAUCCUCCGGCAAGGCCGGCCUCGUUUUGGUCUCCCCCGGUGUUCGGCAGGAUUCCGUCCACCCAAUUUGGCGGAGAGCGAUCUCUCUCUCUCUCUCUCUCUCUCUCUCUCUCUCUAAAUCUAAUAGAGCAUUGUUGGAAGCUAGAUAGAUUUUGUUAUUGCCGUUUCGAGUAUUUGUGCGACUUAGCAACUGAGAGUCCAUCAUUCUCUAGGGAGACGCUUCAUCAGUAAUAGUAGUUAUGAUCUUGCAAUAUCCGAGCUCAAUAAGGAAAUGAAAUCAAUCUUUGGUGAACCUCCAGAUGGUUUCAGUUCAAGUGCUUCUCAAGAGUCUCAUUUCAUUCCCACCGGAUCUGGUGAAAGCCAUCAAGGUCUCAGUCAUGUUGAUGGUAGUGGGCAGGCCAGGAUGGUGGAUGUUUCCUCAAAAGAAGAUAGCAAAAGAGUCGCUGUGGCUGCUUGCAAAGUUCUUCUAGGCCAAAAGGCAUUUCAUUUGGUUGCUUCUAACCAGGUAGCAAAAGGAGAUGUGCUGAAUGUGGCAAAGAUUGCUGGAAUUAAUGGAGCAAAGCAGACAAGCAGCCUCAUCCCAUUGUGCCACAACAUCAGCCUUACCCAUAUUCGUGUUGAUCUUGCACUUAAUGAGAAAGACUUCAGUGUGGAGAUAGAAGGGGAAGCUGCAACAACAGGGAAGACAGGUGUGGAGAUGGAAGCAAUGACGGCGGUGGCUGUUGCUGGCCUCACAGUAUACGACAUGUGCAAAGCUGCUUCGAAGGACAUUUCUAUCACCGAAAUUCAUCUGGAACGUAAGACCGGAGGAAAGAGUGGGGACUGGUCCAGAAGAUAGUGAUUAACUGUCUUGUUGGUCACCAUCUUUUUGUGUUUGAGGAUGAGAGAAAUGAAAGUUAUGUACCAUCGUAUGGCAUGAAUUUUACAUUAAGGCAUAAUGCCCGUUACAUUAAACGGGAACGCUGUUUCCCUAUUAAUAGCUAAGUCAUGUUUAGUGAGUCAAGAUUAUCUCUGCCAUUUUUCAUUCACAUUUCCGAAAUCCUCCAGCAACUCAUUAGAAUGCUGUUGUGAUGGGAAAAAAAAUUACAGCAUGUUUGUAAUCUUUGAGAAGAUCGCCAAAGAAAUUAUAGAUUUCCUUGAAUGCUCUCCCUGCUA